AUGAGACCCGGAGGAAUGUUGGUUCAGAAACGGAACCCGGAUUCGGAUCCUGCGGGACCUCCACCGCCCCCGAUGAUCAGAGUCAGAAUCAAGUACGGUGCGGUGUACCAUGAGAUCAGUAUUAGUCCUCAAGCUUCAUUUGGGGAGCUGAAGAAGAUGUUGAGUGGACCAACUGGUAUUCACCAUCAAGAUCAGAAGCUUAUGUACAAAGACAAAGAGAGGGAUUCAAAGGACUUCCUCGACAUUUUGGGAGUGAAAGAUAAAUCCAAGAUGGUGCUUAUCGAAGACCCGAUUAGCCAAGAGAAACGGUUUUUGGAAAUGAGGAAGAUUGCCAAAACCGAAAAGGCGUCUAAAGCCAUUUCCGAUAUUAGCCUCGAAGUGGAUAGGCUCGGCGGACGUGUUUCGGCGUUUGAGAUGGUCAUUAAGAAAGGAGGGAAAGUUGCGGAGAAAGAUCUUGUAACGAUGAUUGAAUUGUUGAUGAAUGAGUUGAUAAAGUUGGAUGGGAUUGUGGCUGAAGGAGAUGUGAAGUUACAAAGAAAGAUGCAGGUGAAGAGAGUGCAGAAUUUUGUCGAAACAGUCGAUCUUUUGAAGGUGAAGAACUCUAUGGCUAAUGGGCAGAAACAGUCAAGUAGUCAGAGACUUGCAACGAUUCAAGAAGAUAACAAUGGGCAGAAACAAGAACAGAAACCGAUACAAUCGCUCAUGGACUUGCCGAUACACCAAAAGCAGAAGAAGCAAGAGAUUGAAGAGGAGCCGCGGAAUUCAGGGGCAGGACCAUUUGUGACGGACUCUUCUACUAAAUGGGAAACAUUCGAUCAUCAUCCCGCGACUACUGCAAAUAAUCACGUGAUCCCUCCCAGGUUCAAUUGGGAAUUCUUUGAUUGA